AUGUAUUUAUAACCCAUAUUUGAUAGUUAAGAUAUAGCGAAAUAACUACCUGCCGAAACAAAGAAAUUCAGAACAAUAGAUUCGACUUGGAAGACAAUAGUAACACAAGCAAAAGCAACAGGAAAUGUAUUAAAAGUAUGCACAGAGGAAGGUUUAUAUGACAAACUUAAAGAAUCAAAUAAAAAUCUGGAAAUGAUUCAAAAAGAACUUAAUAAUUAUUUAGAAAAAAAGCGUGAGAAAUUUGCCCGAUUUUAUUUUCUUUCAAAUGAUGAAUUAUUAGAAAUCCUUUCUUAAACAAAAGAGCCGACCGCAGUCUAGCCUCAUUUAAAAAAAGUCUUCGAAAAUAUCCACUAAAUAGAAUUUGACGACUAAAAAAAAAUACACGCAAUGUACAGUGCUGAAAAUGAAAGAGUCCCUUUCGAAAAAAUAGUCGACCCAAAUAAAAAAAACGUCGAAGAAUGGAUGUCCGAAGUGGAAAAUAUGAUGAGAAAAUCCGUUAAAAAAGCUUUAAACGAAUCUGUUUCUGACUAUAUGAAUAAAACAAGGCCCAAAUGGUGUAUUAGUCACCCAGGCCAAUGUGUAUUAAACGGAUCUUAAGUACACUGGACUUCAGAAGUUGAGGAAGCCAUAUUAAACGAAGGAUAAGAAGAUAAAAUAGGGAUAUAAGGUUACUGGAGUAAGCUAUAAGAAUAACUAAAUGAUUUAGUAGAACUCGUAUGUACUAAAUUAACAAAAAUGCAAUAAGUUACCAUAAAUGCACUCAUAGUAAUUGAUGUACACGCAAAAGACGUAGUUUGGAGAUUAAAGCAAGAAAACGUUAAUAAUAUAGCAGCUUUUGAAUGGAUAUCUUAACUUCGAUAUUACAUAGAAAACGAAGACCUAAGAGUUAAAUGUGUAUAAACAGACUUCCCUUAUGGAUAUGAAUAUCUUGGGAACACACUCAGACUUGUAAUUACGCCUUUAACCGAUAAAUGCUAUAUGACUCUUAUGGGAGCCCUUAAAUUAAAUUUAGGAGGGGCACCAGCGGGACCGGCUGGUACUGGUAAAACAGAAAGUACGAAAGAUUUAGCUAAAGCUUUGGCUAAGUAAUGUGUAGUAUUUAAUUGCUCAGAUUCUAUGGAUUAUAUUAUGGUUGGAAAGUUUUUUAAAGGACUAGCUUGUGCGGGGGCUUGGUGUUGUUUUGAUGAAUUUAAUAGAAUUAAUAUAGAAGUGCUUUCAGUUAUUGCUUAGUAAUUAUUGUAACUGUUUGGAGCAAAAGACAAAGGAAUUUAAUAGAUUGAAUUCGAAGGAUCUAAUAUUAAGAUUUUACCUACUUUUUGUGUUUUUAUUACUAUGAAUCCGUAAUUUGUUUAUUUAUUAAAAAUAAUAUAUAUAUAUAUAUAUAUAUAUAGAGGUUAUGCUGGACGUACUGAGCUUCCAGAUAAUUUAAAAGCUCUUUUUAGAAGCGUAGCUAUGAUGGUUCCCGAUUAUGCCAUGAUUGGGGAAAUUAUGUUAUACAGUUUCGGUUUUAAGCAAGGUAGAGAUUUAGCAAGAAAAAUGGUUGUUACAUUUAAACUUUCAUCUGAAUAACUAUCUUCUGAAGAUCAUUACGAUUAUGGAAUGAGAGCUGUACGUUCAGUUAUUAAUGCAGCAGGUUUACUUAAAAGUUCAUAACCGAAUAUGGAAGAAGAUAAAUUAUUACUUAGAGCUUUAAGGGAUGUUAAUGUACCUAAAUUCCUAAAAGAUGAUAUUCCUUUAUUCGAAAAUAUAAUAAACGAUCUUUUCCCAGGAAUAGAAAGACCAAAAUAUGAAUAUGGUAAUUUACUUUCAUAAAUAAGUGAAGUUUGUAAAGAACCAGAUAUUGUAUUAUAACCAACUUAACCUUUUGUGGAUAAAAUAUUAUAAUUAUAUGACACAAUAUAAGUUCGACAUGGAUUAAUGUUAGUUGGCCCUACAGGAGGUGGAAAAACAUCUAACUAUAAAGUAUUAUAAAGAAGUUUAAGUGUUUUACACGACAAAGGAUUUUACAAAGUUCACACACAUAUAAUGAACCCCAAAAGUAUAACGAUGGGGCAACUUUACGGAUAAUUUAACGAAUAAACUCAUGAAUGGACUGAUGGUAUUCUUGCAUAUAUAAUAAGAGAAACAGUAAAAGAUACAUCAGAAGAAAAACAUUGGAUUUUAUUCGAUGGUCCAGUUGAUGCUGUUUGGAUAGAAUCAAUGAAUACAGUACUUGAUGACAAUAAAAAACUAUGUCUUAAUAGUGGUUAGAUAUUAACACUGACUCCUCAAAUGACUAUGAUGUUUGAAGUAGAAGAUUUAGCUGUUGCAUCACCUGCAACUGUAAGUAGAUGUGGUAUGGUCUAUAUGGAACCUAUUUCUUUAGGUUUAUAACCUUUAGUAGACUCCUGGAUAUAGAGAUUACCAGCAAAUAUAGCCAAAAGAAAUAAAAUAAUAGAUAGACUAUAAUUUUUAUUUAGGGAACUAUUGGAAGUUUCAAUUCAUUUUUUGAGAAAACAAUGUAAAGAAAUUAUACAGACAGGUGAUAAUAAUAUUACUUAAUCUCUAUAAAGAAUACUUUCUUGUUAUUUUUAAGAAUAUGCCGAAGGUGAAUUUAAACGAGUUUCAAAUGAAGAACUUGAUGUUCUGUAAAAUAAUAUAGACGAGCUUUAUGUUUUUGCUUAAAUUUGGUCGAUUUUAGCUACUUGUGAUUACGAAAGUCGCGAAAAAUUCUCGUUAUUUUACAGAGAUUUAAUAAAUAUGAAGCUCCCCCAGUUAAAUUUUCCUCCUGAAAGUUUAGUUUAUGAUUAUUAUUUUAAUAAAGAUUAAAAAACCUUCCAAAAUUGGCAAACGAUGUACAAAGAUUUUGAAAUAAGCUUAAAAUUGUAAUAUCAUGAGAUAAUGAUUCCCACAAAUGAUUCUACAAGAAAUAUUUAUUUAAAAAAAUUACUUAUUUCCUAAGGUUUCCAUGUAAUGUGCCCGGGACCAACAGGAACUGGUAAAUCCUAAAACUGUUAUUCUUUAUUGACAGGAUAAAUGCCUGAAGAAUAUCAAUACAUAGCUCUUACUUUUUCCGCUUAAACCAGUGCUAAUUAAACUUAAGAUACUAUAGAUAAUAAAACUGACAAAAGGAGAAAAGGUAUAUAUGGACCUCCUAUUGGAAAAAAAUGUAUCAUUUUUGUCGAUGAUAUUAAUAUGCCAAAAAAAGAAAUAUAUGGAGCUUAACCGCCUAUUGAAUUACUAAGAUAAUUCUUAGAUCAUGAAGGUUGGUAUGAUAGAAAAGAAUUAUUUUUUAAAAAAUUCUAAGAUAUAAUUCUUUUAACUGCAAUGGGUCCUCCAGGAGGAGGUAGAACUAAUAUAACAGCUAGAUUUUCAAGGCAUUUUAAUAUACUUGGUUAUCCAGAAUUGAAUAGAGACAUCAUUUCAAAAUUAUUUUAAAUUUUAGUUACUCAUUUCUUUAAAAGAUUUAGUACUUCAGUUACUAAUAUUAUUGGUUAAUUAAUUGAAGCUGUUAUUAAUGUAUAUUAUAAGGUUAAAACUGAAUUAUUACCUACUCCUUCUAAAAGUCAUUAUACAUUUAAUUUAAGAGAUAUUACUAAAGUAUUUCAAGGCAUGUGCUCUGUUUCUUAAAAAACAUGCAAUGAUUCUAAAAACGUAAUUAAAUUAUGGUAUCAUGAAAACAUGAGAGUUUUCCAUGAUAGACUUACAACUGAAUAUGACAGAGAGUAUUUAAAAGGCAUUCUAUCUGAUUAUUUUGAAUAAUUUAGUUAUAAAAAAGCAGAUAUUAUAGACGUCGAAAGAAUAAUAUUUGCUGAUUUUAUGCAAGGAAGAGAAAUGGAUCCUCGAUAAUAUUCCUCGAUAGAUGAUCUUUCUAUUUUUUUAAAUAAAAUGGAUUAUUUCCAGGAAGAAUAUAAUUCUGACAAUACAUUCAUAGUAAAUGGUCCUCGAACAUCAAUGAAAUUAGUAAUGUUUUUAGACGCUUGUGAACAUAUAGCCCGUAUUGCCCGUAUAAUUCGUCAACCAUAAGGAAACGCCUUAUUAUUUGGUAUAGGAGGUUCCGGUAGACAAAGUUUAUCUAGAAUGGCAACAUUUUUAUCAAACUACAAACUUUUCUAAAUUGAAGUAAUAAAGAACUACAAUAUGCGUUCUUGGCGAGACGAUAUAAAAAAAGCCUUAAUGAUGGCUGGUGUAGAAAACAAAUACCUUACCUUCCUAUUUGUAGACACUUAAAUAGUAUUCGAACAAAUGCUUGAAGACAUAAAUAAUGUAAUAAACUCAGGAGAUGUAACUGGUCUCUAUUAAGAAAAAGACAUGGAAGAAAUUCUAACUGCUUGCAAGACUGAUUGUUAAAAAAAAGGUUUAUAACCUAACAAAAUGAACAUUUUUACCCAAUAUUUAAUUCGGGUUAAGAAAAAUAUACAUAUAGUAAUGGCUAUGUCACCUAUAGGUGAAGCUUUUACUGAUAGAUUAAGGAAAUUCCCUUCUUUAGUUUCUUGCUCUACUAUUGAUUGGUUUACUGAAUGGCCUGAAGAGGCUCUUUUGGGAGUCGGAAACGGACAACUAGUUGAUUUUGAGGAUGAAUUAAAAAUAGUCGGAUAAACUUAAACUUUAGUUAAAAUAUUCAAAGAUUGCCAUAAGUCAGUAGAAAAAAUCUCUAUUAGAUAUUUAAAAGAACUCAAAAGACACAACUAUGUAACUCCGACUUCUUUUCUUGAACUCCUUAACUUAUAUAAAUCUAUUUUAGAUCAAAAAAACAAACAAUUAACCGAAUAAAUUAACAGACUCAAAAACGGUUUAGAUAAACUAGCCUAAGCAAAUAAAGAAGUCGAAGAAAUGAAAGUCACUUUAACCAAAAUGAGACCUGAACUAAAAAUAGCUCUCGAAGAAGCUGAAAAAAUGAACGCAAGUCUCGCCAUAGAGUAAAACGAAGCCGACCUAAAGUAAAAAAUAGUUGCUAAGGAAGAAAUAAUAGCUAAAAAAUAGGAAAAAGAAGCGCUAGAUCUCGCCGAAUAAGCUACAUCAGCUGUCGAACAAGCUAAUAUAUCACUACAAGCGACCUUAGUGAAAGUUAGUGAAUUAAAAAAAGAACAUUUAGUCGAAGUAAAAUCCCUAGGAUCUCCCCCAGAAGCAGUAAAAGUAGUCCUUGCGGCAGUUGUAAUAUUACUCUAAGAUAUAAUCGUGAAAGAUUUAGGUCAAGAGAUAAUAAUGACAGCCGUAAAAGACCAAAUUGGUAAAAAAGAAGAAAACUACUUCCUAACGGCUAAAGCCUAUUUACUAAACGAUCCCACUUAACUACAAAACUAUCUCCAGAAAUACAAACGAGAGAACAUAAACCCGAAAUAUAUCGAAAAACUGGAAAGGGUGUGUGCAGAUCAUCCCAAAUAUAACGAAAAAGAUGCCUAUGGAGCUUCUAAAGCCUGUGGUUAUUUAUUUAAUUGGGCAAAGGCCAUGCAUGAUUUCUACAAAGUAUUUACUUCCACAAAGCCUUUAAGAGAAAAGCUUGAGGAAACCAAAAAAAUUGUUGAAGAGAAAACAUAAGAACUAAAGGAAAAAAAGGAAGCUUUAGAAGAAAUUAACAAAAAAAUACUUUCAUUACAAAGGCUUUUUGACGAAAAAGUUAGACAAAAAGAAAACCUUAUGAAUUAAAUUAAGGACUGUGAAGUUAAAUUAGACCGUGCCCAAAAGCUUACAGACUCCCUAAAAGAUGAAAAAACUCGUUGGUCCCAAGAAAUAAAAGUCCUUUCCGAAAAAGGCAAAAACUACCCAGGAGAUGCAGCUAUAGCAGCUGCUAUGUUGUCUUAUGCAGGUGCUUUUGUGGCUUCUUUUAGGUAAGAAUUAGAGCAUAAAUGGACUGAUUAUUUAGUUGAUGCCAACAUUUUGCAUACUCAGGGAAUUUCCAUGAGGAACUUUUUGGGGGACGAAGUAUAAAUUUAGACCUGGAAUAUUUGCGGACUACCAAAGGAUGGUACAAGUAUCGAAAACGGUAUUUUAAUCGAAAAAUCCCGAAGACGACCAUUAAUGAUAGAUCCCCAAAACCAAGCUAAUAAAUUUAUUAAAAACCUUGGCAGAGACACCAAAGGUGACAUUUUGGUUCAAAAAGUGAACGACUCACAGCUAAUGAGGACAAUAGAGUAAGCUUUACAAUUCGGAAAAUGGGUCCUAGUGGAGAAUGUCGGAAAAGACAUUGACCCAUCCCUCGAGCCAGUUUUACAAUAACAGUUAAUAAAACAAGGAAAUGAAUACCUGAUUCAAUUUGGUGAAAAAAGAUUGAAUUAUAAUCCUGAAUUCAGGUUUUUUAUGACCACAAAUUUACGUAAUCCCCACUAUAGUCCAGAAACUAGUGUAAAGGUCACAAUUAUAAAUUUUGCAAUUACUCAAUUUGGUUUAGAAGAACAAAUGUUAGCCAAAAUAGUCGAAAAAGAAAACCCUAAUCUAGAAAACCGUAAAAACGAAAUAGUAAGGAAAAACGCCCAAGACAAAAAAGACCUAGUGUUAACAGAAGAUUAAAUAUUAGGUUCUCUAUCUUCUAACAAAGGAGGAAUAUAAGAAAUCCUCUAAGAUGAGUCUUUAAUAAACCAACUUUAACACUCCAAAAAAUUCGCUGCAGAAAUAAACUAAAGAGUACUUGACUCCAAAAAAACCGAGCUCGAAAUCGAUAAGGCAAGAGAAGGUUAUCGUCCUGUAGCUUAUAGAGCUUCUAUUUUAUUCUUUUGUAUAUUAGAAUUAGCCACAAUAGACCCUAUGUAUUAAUAUUCUCUUUAAUGGUUUAUAAAUUUAUUCGAAAUGGGGGUCGAAAACGCUAUUCCAAGUGAAGAUUUGGAAUAAAGACUUAAGAACUUAAACGAUUAUUUUACUUAUUCUUUAUACGAAAACAUCUGUAGAUCCCUCUUCGAAAAACACAAAUUGAUAUUCUCAUUCCUCCUCACCUAAAGGAUCUUAGCUUCCCAAAAUAAAAUAAACAUGGAAGAAUGGUAAUAUCUCCUUACAGGUCCAUAAGGCCAAAUUCAAGUAAAAUAAAAUCCCACAAAUUGGAUUUCAGAAAAUAGUUGGGCAGACAUAUACAAACAACUUUACGGAAUGAAUGCUUUACAAAAUUUCCAAGGUAUAGAGGAAUAGUUUAUCUCCAACCCAGAUUUAUAUAAGCCAUUAUAUGAUUCUACAACCCCUCAUUUAAUGACAAUUCCAUAACCUUGGGAAGACUAACUAAAUUAAUUCGAAAAAAUAAUCUUCCUAAAAUUCCUUCGAAGCGACAAAGUAAUUCCCGCAAUAUAAAAUUGGAUAAAGGCCGAACUAGGUGAAAAGUUCAUCAUAGUUCCCAUUUUCGACCUUUCUAAAUGUUAUGCAGAUUCUACAGUAGUAACUCCUUUAAUAUUCGUACUUUCUCCCGGUUCUGAUCCCGUUACUGACUUCCAGAAAUUCGCUGAAGAAAAUAAUAUGACUCGAAAAGUUAAAAUAAUUUCCCUUGGACAAGGCUAAGGUCCAAAAGCUGAAAAACUCAUUCUUGAAAGUUCCUAAGCAGGCGGAUGGAUUUUACUCCAAAACUGUCAUUUGGCCACCAGUUGGAUGCCUGAACUAGAAAGACUAUGUGAAGAUUUCAACGAAACCCUACAUAAAGACUUCCGUUUAUGGCUCACAUCUGCCCCAAGUAGUUCAUUCCCAUCUAGUGUUUUAUAAAAUGGUGUAAAAAUGACAAUAGAGCCACCCACUGGUUUACGUGCAAAUCUACUAAGAAGUUAUAAAAAUCUAAGUGACCCCGAGCUUAAUGACUGUAAAAAACCCAACGAAUUCAAAUAAUUACUAUUCGGUUUCUGCCUUUUCCACGCCAUUAUCCAAGACAGGCGAAAAUUCGGUGCAAUCGGCUGGAAUAUACCCUAUGAAUUCACAAACGAAGACUUAAACGUGUGCAAAAAGUAACUUAAAUUACUCAUCGACGAAUAUAAGGAUAUUCCAUAUAAAGUACUCAACUUUUUAGGUGCUGAAAUAAACUACGGAGGCCGAGUAACAGACGAUAAAGAUAUAAGAUUAAUCAAAUCAAUUCUUAGUGUAUAUUGUUCUAAAGAUGUCCUAAGGGAAGGCUAUAAAUUUAGUGAAAGCGGAAUCUAUAUAUCAGUCCCUCCCGGAAAAUAAGAAGACUACAUAAAAUAUAUCGAAUCUUUACCCUUAAAUCCUGCCCCGGAAGCCUUCGGACUUAAUGACAAUGCCGAAAUAACUAACUCUUAAAACGAAACAAGGCUAUUACUAGAGUCUUUACUUUCUCUCCAACCAAGAGAAAGUGUAGGCGAAGGUGGAAAGACUAGAGAAGAAAAAAUCGAAGAAAUAGCCACUUAUAUUUAAUAAAAUACUCCCUAAUGUUGGGACAUAGAAUCUAUUUCAGCUAAAUAUCCCACAGACUACAACGAAUCUAUGAAUACAGUACUUGUCUAAGAACUUAUAAGAUACAACAGAUUACUUGCAAUAAUGUUAUAAUCUCUUGGCUAAGUAAAAAAAGCCUUAAAAGGUUUAAUUGUAAUGAGCGAAGAUCUCGAAUUAGUCGCCAACUCUUUACAUGAUAAUUAAGUACCGAGUAAAUGGAGUGAAAAAGGGCAUUUAUCAUUAAAAGGAUUAAUGUCUUGGAUUGAAGAUUUAAAUUAAAGAGUUAAAUUUUUAAAUGAUUGGAUAUAUAAUGGACCCCCUAAAGUAUUUUGGAUUGCAGGCUUUUUCUUCCCAUAAGCUUUUGUAACUGGUACUUUAUAAAAUUACGCUAGAAAACAUAUAAUUGCAAUUGAUAAAUUACAAUUUGAGUUUAAAGCUAUUGAUGAAAUUAAUUAUUAAGACGUAUAGGAAAAACCAAUAGAUGGAUGUUAUAUUUAUGGAAUAUUCCUUGAAGGAGCAAGAUGGGAUUAUAAAAAACAUAUUAUUAAUUUACCUAAACCUAAAGAACUUUAUUCCGAUUUACCAUUAUUCCAUUUAUCACCAGUGGAAAAUAAAACUUUAUAAUAAAAAGGUAUAUAUUAAUGUCCACUUUAUAAAGUUGUUAGUCGAUAAGGAACACUUAGUACAACAGGACAUAGUACUAAUUUUGUUAUGUUUAUGGAAUUGCCUACUAAUAAAUCAGAAGAUUUCUGGAUUAGGGCAGGUGUAGCCUCAUUUUUAUCAUUAAGAUAUUGA